GCCUUAUGCAGCUGCUUGUCAACAAGAUGGCCUUCCUUAUUCUGCCGUUUUGACACUGAUUAUUUUCGUAUCCCCGAGAACAUACCGUAAAAGCUUGUGUCACUUUUAAAUAGAUAGCGAGAGAGGGCCUGGGAAGAGUCCUACGAAGGCGCACGGCCAGUUAGAUUGUGUUCAAAGAGCUGACAGCCACUCAGGCCUCGGUAGCAAGCACCACUAGACAAGGUUGAUUAAGAAAGUAGCUGCUGGCUAAUGUCGUUAGCCAGCGACGGAGCUAGCUUAGCUACGUGGACACGGAUAACUCGUGUCACCUGUGUAACACCAACUGGUGUCUAAACAAAUUGCUUAGGUAACAAGGAAAUACAGCUGUUUAAUCAGCUGUCAUCGACACCCUGCGGCGAAAUACACUGGCCACUGGAGAUUAAGAUUAUAUGCCCAGUGCUGCUGGUGAGGCGGGUGGCAGACAGUGCCUGUCAGGUUGGCACUGGGACAGGCAACAGAGAAUGAGAGGUCUGGCUCUGGGUGCUUGCUGGCCAGCCUAGAUGCCGAUAUGCCCCGGGGGUCCGCACCCUGAUGGACCGCGACACCUUCUCCCACAUCCGCCUGUGGUGCCCACGCCCCUUUGGCACCUACUCCCAGAACAAGGCUCGCAGCCCAGGCUCAGGGGUCAGUGGCGGAGGGGUUGGAGGGGCAGGGUCCCCCUCCCUCUGCAAGGCUGAGCCAUCUACAGGGGGCAGAAGCUCGCUGGAUGGAAGUGAAGAUGGAGGGAUGAUAGUGGGGGGCCAGGAGGAGAAUGGAGACGAGGAAGAGGAGGAUGUUGGUUCAGAGAACACUCCUCCCAACCCUGAGCUCAGCUCAAACUCCCUUACACAGAGCCAGGCCCCUCCAGCCUCCUCAGCCCCUCCUUCGCCUCCCUCUUCCGGGGCCCAGAUGGAGGAUGGCCGCGUGCUGUUGGACACCUGGUAUGUCAUUAAGCCAGGCAACACCAAGGAGAAGAUUGCCUUCUUUGUAGCGCACCAGUUCAGUGGAGCAGAGCUGCCCAGACCCAGCGCCAUGAAGGUUAAAGGUAACUGGGCAACGGACUGCAGUAAGGCCAAACGACGAAGACGUUGCUCCUCCUAUGACCCUCCAGCACGCUCACAAACCUCCUCAGAGCCACACCUCAGUCACAACUCCUCCUUGGCCCAUGAUGCACCUCCGAGCCCUGAUGAGCCUGCAUUAGGAGGGGUGAGUGAGACAGACCUGCUUUCGGUGGCAGAGAUGGUGGCAUUAGUGGAGCAGAGAACCGCCAUGGCCCUCCAAGGGAUGGUGGCUGCUCAGGGGAACCAGCAGCACCACCAGCCCCCUACCACCACCCACAGCCAGGGCCUCUCCUCCCACCAGCACACCCUUCUCCGGGGCACAGUAUCAGACCCCACCCCCAUGGUGUUUGUGUCAGACAAUUCGGACAGCCAGCACUCUGUGGAGCCCCAGGGAUCCUCCUCUCCCAUCCAGACAGACCAAGAGUUAGAGGAGCAGGAGCAGCAGGAGUCAUGCAAGGUUGCUCAAGCCAUCGCACACUUUGAAUCCCAAAACCUGGAGAAUCGGCUCUGCCUGGGCUCUGGUUCUGGUAACGGAAUAGACUCUUCUAACCGAGACCAAGAAAGGGAGCACAGAAGAGGAGGGGAGUCGGGGACCGGCAUCGCAGCCCCUCCUCCACCCCCCAGCCAUAGUCAUGGUGAGGUAAGGAUAGCUUUCAGGGUGUCAAGCUUGGACCCCCGGUCCCAGUCGGAGCCCGCCGGCAGGCCUCGCUGCAUGUUUAUGAGCUGUGGUGGUGGGGGCAGCCAGGCAGGUGCCAGGGCCAAAGAGAAGAUCACCUGCGACCUCUACCAGCUUGUCAGCCCCUCCUCAAGAGAUCCCAGCAGUCUGCUGCUUGCUGCCACGUCUGCAGCCCCCAAACCAGAUGGAGACCUUCAUCACUCAGACAGGCCAGCCUGUGGCAGCCCAGACACAAGUCAGGAGCUCUCCUCUGGGGAGAAGAAGCCCAUGGGUGUAGGGAGGGAGAGAGUGACUGGCUUCCAUGUAGAAGUGGUGGUAACGGGUGCGGUGGACCAGUGUGUGUUUUAUGGCAAGGACAGUACGGAGAAUGUGCAGGAGGAGACGGUGUGUUUUGCAAUGCCCAGUGGGGGAGGGGGUGGCGGGGGUGUAGGCAGCUCAACUGACCCUUCAUCGGAUGAUCCCCCUCCUGGCCAGCUCUUCUUCCUCCAGCCUCCCCGGGGCCCAGAGGAGGAUGGGAAGGGAGCAGGCACCAGCAGUGGGUCAGGAAUGUGUUCUUUGGACUGCGCUAACAACAAUGGCCCCGGGGCAGGGGUUGGGGCGAGCUCAGGGGAGCACGCAACUCGGCCAGACUCUCCUCUCACCAAUGUCGGGGUGGUGGAGGACUGCUCGGACCCCUCGCUGUGUCGCCUCUACCGUCACGUGUCCCACGAUUUCUUGGAGAUCCGCUUUCAGAUCCAACGUCUCCUUGAACCACGCCAGUACAUGCUGCUGCUUCCCGACCACAUCAUGGUCAACAUCUUCAGCUACCUGCCAACACGCUCUCUGGCCGCCCUUAAAUGCACCUGCCAUGACUUCAAGGCACUGAUUGAGACCUAUGGGGUGCGGGCAGUGGACUCACGCUGGAACCAAGAUCCCCUCUACAGGGAUGACCCCUGCAAACAGUGCAAGCGGCAGUACGAGCGCGGGGAUGUUUCCCUGUGCCGAUGGCACCCCAAACCUUACCACCAUGACCUGCCUUAUGGACGCUCCUACUGGAUGUGCUGCCGGCGCACAGACAAGGACACGCCGGGCUGCCGUGUUGGACUCCAUGAUAACAACUGGGUCCAGCAGCCUGCUGAUGGGUCCCAGCCCGUUCGCACCAGGAGGGAGGAGGCCAGGUAGAGAAGGAGCAAGGAGAAGGCCUCACACAAACCAAUUCAUCUCCUCCAGCAUUCCUCCUUUAGCCCUCUGCUGUUCAGAGGGGGUACAAAGGAGGAGUUAGCACUCCAGGAUUGUUUUUUUUGCUCCAGCACUCCUUCUUUUAUUUAGCCUCAGAGGAGGGAGGAUGAGAGUUAGAGAAGGAGGUCUCUGUUUUGCCUUUUUUUAGCCCUCCAGAAUCCCUCUCUCUCCCCACUCUGCUCCAACGGUGGCACCUUGUAAAAGUUUGUAUACCAGGGUUGGGGUCCCCUCUUACUGUUCUGUCAGUCAGCACUCUAUGCCUCUUACUCUUUUGGGUUUCUGCCUAACUCCAUAUGUGGUUGUUAGCUACAUCAUGUGAAAACUUUGCAGUGUGUUUGAUUGAGAUUAGCACUCAUGAAGUGAUGCAUAGAAAUGUAAUGCCCUAGAGCCUGCUUACUAUUCCUGUAAUGGCCAAUUCUCAUACUUAUGUUCUAUGUUGUGUGUUGUAUCCAUAAACGUCCAUGUUAGCUGUACAAUGGUGCUUUGAGGAAUGAGCUGUACAGGCUCCUACAGAUUUAAAACUUUUCAGUGGUGGAAUGUUCAGCGUUACAAUAGAAAUGUGAUUGUAUAAAGCGAACUUGACUUUCCGUUGUACAAGAUUGCCACUCGUACCUGUCCUGCGCCAUGCGUUUCAAUUUUUCUGAAUGUGCUGUAUUGUUGUACUCUAUUGAACAGCCCCCUGAUAAUGCUGCUGAAACCAUUGCCUGUGUCACUGAUGUUAUUUCUGUUAUAGCCAUACUUUUUGGUCAAUAACUGGCUCAGUCUCUCCACACUAGCCCAUCUUAUUGGCCUCUGAUAUCUAUCCUUGUCAUCAUUUCGGAGUGGACCCUAACCUUGCUGACCAACCAUACAGAAGAGCCACCAAGGACCUCAUGGUUUACAGAGAAUUAUGGGAGAUGGAAUUUAUUGAUUGAGAACUCAGAACAGUCGGAUGGAAUGGGAUUUAAAAGAAAAAAGAAAAAAAAAAAGCAACUUGAUGUCACUUUGCAAAGGCCUGAUGUCACUUUGUAUGGUUUGAUUGAUUUGCUUGUUUGCUUUUUUGUUAUUUUUGUUUGGUUGUUUUAUUGGGGUGUGUGUAAGAGAAUGUUUGCUGUAGUGUUCCCUUUUAUUCUUGAGGACUGUGUUCUGCCUGUAUCGAUUUGUCCCCCCACCCCACCCCGCCUGCAAACAUUUUUUAAAGUCCAUCUUUGUUUUAACCUCCUUUCCUUUCCUUCAUCCUCUGUGUGAUUCAGCAGAGAGCAGUGUUUGCCAAAGCUGUUGUUGUUGCUUUGAAGCAGAUGAAACCAACAAACACAGACUAUAGAAACUCUCUACACCAGCUUCCAGCCUUAAAACCCCCUACCUCUUUCCCAUCCUGCAGGAGAAUGAGGUGUCAGAUACCUCACAGAGAGUGAGUGUAUUGGAAGUUGUAUAGGAGCCUGUAAGCCGGUUAAUGUGAUUGUCGCUGAACUCUAUACAACUCUGCAAGAUCACCCAUAAUUCCUUUGUGGAGUGUAGUUGGGUAAGAUGAACAGUGCCUGGUGACGGCUCUGACCCUUCAUUCUUUGAACCUCUUUCUCUCUCCCCCUCCCUCUCCUCCCCCACUGCUCCUGCUUUUACACCCCCCCCCCCACCCCUGCAAACUGACAGACUGGACAUGCAUUAAGAACUAUUGGGAUGGAUGAUGCUGAAACUGUGCAUAGAGGGGGGGGAAGAAGGUGGGGGAGGCAUGGGAGAACUCUGUAGGUUCCAGAAAAUGUACAAUGCUAAUGGGAAAUAUCUGCUUAAAUAAAAACAGAAGUGAUGAUUAAACUGGAAAUCUUAAA